UUUCUGCCAUUUGACCACCACUGUCAUGGCAGCCAAUCUGAUUUCGAGAAACACAGCUUCGGAUCAAGCUUAUUCUUCGUGUAUUGCUUUGCAACUCUAGCAAGUGGUGAGCAGUCGGGUCGUUGCACAAUCAAAACCAAUCGAGCUGGACUCCCUCAAAUAGUCUCUACGAUGAAGGCAGCAAACGAGCCUGCCUACCUGACCGUGGGGACGGAGGUCAGUGCCAAAUACAGAGGGGCCUUCUGUGAGGCAAAAAUCAAGACUGUUAAACGGAUGGUGAAGGUUAAGGUGAUGGUCAAAGGAGACACCACCUCGCAAGUUGUUCAAGAUGAUCAAGUGAAAGGACCGUUAAGGGUGGGCUCCACAGUGGAGGUGAAGAGUGCAGAGGGGAUCUGCAGUGAGGCAACCAUCAACAAACUCACAGACGCCAGUUGGUACACAGUGGUGUUUGACGAUGGGGAUGAGAAGACACUCCGCAGGACGUCACUGUGUCUGAAGGGAGAACGACAUUUUGCUGAGAGCGAGACGUUGGACCAACUGCCCCUAACCAACCCAGAGCACUUUGGCACCCCCGUCAUCGGGAAGAAGGGAAACCGCGGAGGGAGGAGGUCAUCUCAGGCUCAUGCGGACGAUGACAAGGAGUCGUCUUCCAGUGAAGGUGACAAUGAGGACAGGAGGAGGCUAAACGAUGACCUGAUGGGUAAAGUGGCCAGUGUUCAGACUGGGACAGAGCGGACAUCCUGGUACCUGGCCCUGGUGAUAUCACCCAGCUGCAAUGAUGACUUGACAGUCAAGAAGGACCAAUGUUUAGUCAGAUCAUUUGCAGACUCCAAAUUUCACACUGUGGCAAGAAAGGAGAUCCAUGAAGUGAACAUGGACAGCAUCUCUAACCCUGAGUUCUCACCGAGGAAAGGGUUGGAUGAGGCAGUGCAUUUCCUCAAGACCAAGGUAGUUCCUGACAGUUGGAAGAUGGACAUGAGUGAGAUUUUAGAAUCCUCCAGCAGUGACGAGGAGGACACAGAAGGAAAGGAGAGUGACGACGACGAUGAUGAUGAGGAGGAGGAGGAGGAGGAGAAGGAGGAGGAGGGAAAGGAAGAUGCCAAUGAUGAGCCUGAGGAUGAGGCGGACCCAGAGGAGAGGGAUCACUUCCUGCAGCAGCUGUAUAAGUUCAUGGAGGAUCGAGGGACGCCAAUUAACAAGCCUCCUGUGCUCGGCUACAAGGAUCUGAACCUCUUCAAGCUCUUCAGGCUAGUCUACCACCAGGGGGGCUGUGACAAAAUUGAAAGUGGAUCUGUGUGGAAACAAAUCUACAUAGACCUUGGCAUUCCCGUCCUAAACUCUGCUGCCUCCUACAAUGUGAAGACUGCCUAUAGAAAGUACCUGUAUGGCUUCGAGGAGUACUGUCGCUCAGCCUGUAUCGUCUUCAGGACCAUCCACCACAGUGAGGAUCCGCCAGCUUCCCAGUCCCAGACAGAAGAGAAGGCUGCCCAGAUCUCUGAGGUGAAGGAGUGCCAGGGCCCAACACCAUCCGUCAAAACUGAGUCUGCUGCGGCCAUGGAGGACAAGCCUGCCCAGGAGGAGGCAGAGUCGGGGAGCGAGAGCGACAAAGAUGUCUCCUCUCCUAGGGGGAGGAGACGGUGCACUGUGACCCCGGUCAAAGCUGAGGUGAAGGAGCCCUCAAAGCUGGAGAAGAUCAAAGAGAAGGAGGAACAGAGUGGUGUGGGGGAGACCAGCGGAGAGGAGACUGGAGGUCCGAGAGACGGCAGCAGGUCAGAUGGAGGGGACACCCCGGGGAACAGACGUAGCCGACGCCUGGAGGAGUCCGAUAAAGAGUCUGAGGACGAAGAGGAGGAGGAGGAGGAGUUGGAGGAUGAGGAAGACAGCGAGAGGAGAGUCGGAGAAAGGGGUGAGGACGAAGACUCAGUAACAGGGACUAAGGUGAAGGUAAAGUACGGUCGAGGGAAGACCCAAAAGAUCUACGAGGCAAACAUCAAGAAGGCAGAGAACGAUGAUGGAGGAGAUGUCCUCUACCUGGUUCACUACUACGGCUGGAACGUCAGGUAUGAUGAGUGGGUCAAAGCAGACCGGAUAAUCUGGCCUGUCGACAAGGGCGGAACAAAAAAGAAACAGAAAAAGAAAGUGAAGAAUAAAGAGGAAUGCGAGAAGGAGGACGACAAGCAGGGGAAGCUGUGUGGCUUGAAGCGAGGUCGCCCUCUUCUUAGAACCACCCCCGCCAGCGCCAACCGCAGCGUCUCCAAGACCCCCAGCAGUGAGGGGCGCUCCAGCAGCAAGAGCAAAUCUGAUGUAUCAGCCCUGCCCAACGGAGAGGGUACCCCUCGCCGACGCACAAGAAGAACCUCUGGGAUGUAUGACUCGGACAGGGAUUCUACCUCCAAUGAAGAAUCGGGGAACUCGUCAGAGGACAGUGAGUCAGAGGAUUCUCCUGAGAAGAAGCCUGCGUGGGCGGAGAGGACGGACCCCGCCACGGCCCGUAAGCAGGAGGAGGAGGAGGACCGGAGGGUGGAGAGAGGAAGAGCAGAGGCAGCGGCCGCCGCUGCAGCCCAGGUCGCAGCCCAGGACCAGCCCCCCAGCAGCCCUCAGGAGAAGGAGCAGCAGGAGGACACGCUCCCUGAGAGGAGGGAGCCGGAGAAAGCUGAGGAGCAGCCCCAGGUGCCCCCCAUGACCCCUGAACCCGACAGAACCAAGGAGGAGGACCCCCCUACCCCGAAAUCCCCCAGGUCUAAAGCAGCACGUAGAUGUAACGUUCGCGAGCCAGAGAGGAGCACCAACAAUGACACUGGCUCUGAAACGCCCACCAAAACCACCAUCAUCAUCACCACCACUCCCAACUACACUGAGACCGAGUCAUCUCCCUGCCCGCGCCCCCUGAACAGGCAGGAUGAGCCCAUGGUGGUCCUUCAUUGUCUCCCUGCUGAGCACAUUCCUAGCAUCCCCGACCUUCCCACCAUGGACUCGGACACAGACUCGGCCACGGAGGAGGAGAUCUGCAGGGAGGAGCGAGGUGUGGCCAAGCGUAAAGCCACUGAGCAGAGGACGCCGGACAAGAAGGUGCGUCUGGACAGGAGGGAAGAGACGACCAAGAUGGACUUGCCCGCCAGGCGGCCCGCUGACUCGCCCGCCAGGCGGCCCGCUGACUCGCCCGCCAGGCGGCCCGCUGACUCGCCCGCCAGGCGGCCCGCUGACUCGCCCGCCAGGCGGCCCGCUGACUCGCCCGCCAGGCGGCCCGCUGACUCGCCCGCCAGGCGGCCCGCUGACUCGCCAGAGUGGAGGCUGGAGGCAGGGGGACAGAGAGGCGAGGAGCGCCUGACGCCAGCAAAGGGUAAAACAGAGCCCGAGGCUAAAACAGAGAUGCCUGCCCUCACUCCGGAGGUGCAGUGUCAAGGUCUAGGAGAGGGAGGUGUAGCAGGAGGUCGACCCAGGUUGGAGCAGCUAGCCUCUGGGGUCGAGGAGGAGGUGAUGCCCCAGAUCGGCCCUGAGGCGCUGGUCUGUCACGAGGUGGAUCUGGACGACCUGGAUGAGAAGGACAAGACCUUAGCAGAAGACCUCCUAAUGAUGAUGAGUCAAGGGAAGGUCCAUGCUCCCCCUCCGUCCAAUGCCUCCUCCCACCAGACCCACAACAACCCUCCUCUGUCCUCGGGGGGCGCUGCUCCUCCACUCUGCUCCCCCACCUCUGCCCCCAGCCCUGAUGAGUCUCACAGCACCAAGAGUGAGAGCGACGUCCCCAUCGAGGUGGACAGUGUAGCCGGGGAGUCUCAGGAGGGGCUUGGCGAUAACGAGUCGGCCAACUCAAACUGCUUUGAAGCUAGCACCAGCUCCAGCAACUCCAGCAUGUCACUACAGGAGAGGGACACCAAGGACAGAGGUCAGAAAAGGUUGAUGGACUGCCAUAUGAGUUCCUCUGCAAAGAAGCAGAAGCGAAACCAGAAACGGCCAAGCACAACAUCCAAAAUUGAUAAGAACGGAGCAGGGCACAGCAGUGACAGUGAGGACCUGGCUGUCAUGGACACCUCUAGUAAGAUGACUCCAGUGCAACACUCCAGGUCUAAAGGAAGCCAGAAGCUGCUCUCUCCCAACAGUAAGGAGCUAGAGAAAUACAAGCACAAAGACAAGCAGUCCUCCUUCCCCUCCCCUCGCACGUACAAGUGGACCUUCCAGCUCAAUGAACUGGACAGCAUGACAAGUGCUGAGAGGAUAUCCUUCUUACAAGACAAACUACAGGAUAUAAGGAAGUAUUACAUGUCACUCAAGUCUGAAGUGGCUUCCAUAGACAGGAGGCGGAAGAGGUUAAAGAAGAAGGAAAGAGAAGUGUCCCACACCACAGCGUCAACGUCGUCCGGCUCGUCAGAAACUGGGAUGAGCCCCUCCUCUGCCUCGCCCACUCAGAACACUGUGGCUGUCGAGUGUAGGUGAUGACACGCCUCCUCCCCCAUGGCGAUCACCUUGCCCAUCUCUGCCUGCCAGCCCAGCAUCCCGCUGCCUCCCUGGAGACACAGGGUACAUCUGAAAUGGCACCUUAUUCCCUAUAUAGAGAAUAUAUUUUGACCAGAAGCCCAUGUCAAAUGACCAGAGACCCUGGUCAAAAGUAGUCUACUAUAUAUAUGGUGGCAUUUGGGACGCACCCACGUACUGCCACAUAGGAGCAAGCGGCCUAAAGCACUCGACUGCCCCCCUCGGUCUCCUUUCACCCCUUAUCCUUCCUACCGUAUCCCGUCCACCACUUUCCUGCCUCGUAGUCAUUUUAGUCCACCUAUAGCAGUCGUCAGGAAAUGGAUUCCAUGUGAGUUGAAUGUAUAGGAAACUACAAACCCGAGAUACCCCGUCAGACUCCAUCCUUGAACAGUCCAUGGCACUUUUCUCCUCCCGCUCUGUCAGAACCACAGAAACACAUAACCUCCUCUGGUUCCCCAAACGGGACCAAUCUGGAUGCAGUAAUGAAUCAAUAAUGUCCCAGACAGAACCAGACAAAUGCAAUGUAUGUAACCUACAAUGUAAAGGGUUCCUACCUAUGUUAAUAAUGGUCACUUAACCAGCUGGACAUGGUUUGCAAGAAGGUAAAUUAUGUUCGCUUGCACCAUCAGAACUGCCAAAGUACUAGUGUUAAGCAGAGUGCCCUAUUUUGGAAAAGUGUGAAAUUCAAUUGUGAAAGGGAAUGUAGUUUACUGAAAACUGCAGCUGUUGUCUUCCACUAUUGGAGUGUCAGCACAGAUGAAUUAUGCAAACUAUUUUUUAGUUAUUUUUAAGAAAAGUAAUUUAAAAAAUAAAUAAGAAAGGUUUACAGUGGAACAAGAGUGAUUUCAGUGGACUAAUUUCCUUUGCGAGUGUAUUUUGCCGUUUUAUAUGUAAUUGCAGAGUUUUUAUUUUAGUAUGGAAAAUUUCAAAACUAUAUAUCACAGCAGUGAAGUUAUUUAAUGAAAGAUUUCUCGAACUGAAAGUGUAAAAUAGUCAUGGUUUGCUUUGUUAAAUAUAUUUAUUCUGUUAGGAGACUUUUGUAUUUUUUACAAUAUAGAUACAUGAACCUUCCACAGUUUGGACAAUGGGAAAGUAUAUCGAAAUAAUGUAAUGUGCUCAUCUAAAAGCAGGCUUUGACUGCGUUUCAAUUGGGGAGCUACUAUGCAGUAUAUACACUGUGUACAAAACAUUAGGAACACCUUCCUAAUGUUGAGUUGCACCCCCUUUUGCCCGGGAAACUGUUGAGCGUGAAAAACCCAGCAGCGUUGCAGUUCUUGACACACACUACCAUACCCCGUUCAAAAGCACUUAACUCUUUUUGUCUUGCCCAUUCACCCUCUGAAUGGCACACAUACCAAAUCCAUGUCUCUAUUUUAAGGCUUAAAAAUCCUUAUUUAAAAACCUGUCUCCUUCCCUUGAAGUGAUCUCAAUAAGGGAUCAUAGCGUUCAUCUGGACUCACCUGGAAAGAGCAGGUGUUCCUAAUGUUUUGUACACUCAGUGUAUGUUUCCCCCAUGUUCAAUAGGACCCACUACUUUCCCUUAAUAUUUGUUUUUCCCUAGAUGUUUUUUUGGGAACACCAUCAUUUGGUGGCCUUCACUUUGUUUCUUGGUACUUGUAUUUUAUUUUCAACAUGAGUUCUGACCAAUUAAAAGUUGCAUAAGAAGCAUGUUAAGCCCAGGGGUUUCCUAUAAUUUGUUUAUUUUGUACAUAACCAUGUAUUUGAAAAAUACAUUUUACACAGACUGUAAAGAAUGAUUUAUUAUUUUUAACCUCUUCUUUGUACCAGUAUAUUAAAACCUUUAUUUUUCUGUCAAGUUGGUAGAAAUGUUAGCACAGUGUAUAUACUGAACCAGUGAGUUUCAGCAUUAGUCUGAAUUGAACCCCAUAGAAGAGAAUGGAAGCAUUCAGAACAUUUUAAAAUGUUUGUUUGACUUGAUUUCAUUGUGAAAAAAUGUACUUCUUAAAUUCGAAGUUGAUCUAGGGAUUCCUAGAUGAAGGUAUUACGAUUCCCUGAGCAAAGCCAUUGUAUCUUUAUGUAAAAUAAGCAGAGCCCUCUUCAUUUCUAAUAAAAGUUCUUAAAUAUU